UAUUCACAGCUGUUAUGUUUACAUUUUUGCACGAAAACUAUACAGCAUAACUGUAGCGGGUCAUAGUCUAGUAGUGCGCUGAUUCACUCGCACCGUUUACUUUGCUGUGAUAUUAUUUGCAGAGAUAUUGUAAUGUGUAUUUAGAAAAAUACUACGCGAAAAUACAUGUUACUUCAAAAUGAUCGACUGGAACUUGGUUGUGCAACCACUUUUAAGUGGAACAACUAAAACAACUGAAACAGACUUGAAAUAUGUAAAAGUGCUCACUGAAACCCUAAUAAACAACAAACAGAAGAUAUUGACUCAUGAUGCCAGUUUCACCAGCUUCUAUGCUUCGUUUAUGUUGUUAUCUGGAAACUAUCUGUCCAAAUGUGAUUCGGUUCUCAAGACGUUACUGAAUCAAGUAACGGAUGCAUGUCAUGUAGUGUUGGAGUACUGCGUCUCCCACUUUGAUGGUUUUGGAUUGCCACCAAAUGCCACUGUUACCAAACAGCAUUUGAUGAAGAUACUACGAGCAUUAUGUGAGGGUGAAGGCUUAAGUAAUGCUGAUGAAAUGAUCCUGACAACUUUAAUUAAAUCUUCAAAUCUUCCAAUGUUGGUCAUCAAGCAUGAAGAUACAGGCCCCACAUUACCAAGUGAUAUAAAGAUGAUUGACAGUGAUGCUGCAGAAUAUGGAAAACAAGACUCCCCCCUUGAUAUGUUUGCUUUCCUUCAAACCAAUGCAGACGUUGCAGAUAGUGGUAAAGACGUUUUAUCCCAACUACGUUCCUCCAAUUCAAAUGCACUUCGUAUUCUUGCAUUACAACAUAACUUACUCAACAAUCUGCUCAAGCUACCUUUAUUGUCUCCAUACCUGGCAAAACACAACACUGUUGUAUCAGCCAUUGGACAACACGGUGAAAAACAGCCAAGUUUUGACCUCUCAUCCACAAAUGCCAAAGCAGUGUAUUCAAUGCUUUCCCAGUUAAAAAAUGACAUAAGCAUCAUUUGUGAUGCAACACACACACCAUUGUUCCAACCGAGGGACAUGGCGCAGUUCAAAUCCAACAUACAACUUGUACUUGGGGGUUUAUGCUGUGGGUUUGAGGUUGUUGUGGCAAGUGCUGUACUAUAUAAAGAAUCUGUGGAGCAAGGAGUUUCACAUCAGAAGGAUGAAAGCAUUGAAGAAGCUGGAAGUUUGGUGAAGACAUGUAUUCGUGCAUACCAGACACUUUGUGAGUAUCUGGAUGAAUCCGAACGCUUCAGCUGCGAUGUAUGUUUCAACUUUCAAUUCUACGCUUGCCUACAUCUGUUAUCUGCUUUAACUUGUGUGGACCAAGUGUUAACUGAAUGCAACGCAGCCAAAGAUACAAUAAAGUUCAGGAAAGCAAGAAAUUCGUGCUAUACAUUGGCAAGAGCAAUGACGUCACUACUGGUUCAUGAGAUCUCGGAUAUUUUGCAAGAAUGUGAUGGUGAGGGGGGUUAUAAAAGUGAUGUGACACCUCUUUCAACACUGUCAAGCGAUGUUGCAACUCCUAAUUCAGCAACUGCUAUACUUGGAUAUUUCACCAACAAUUACCAGGUGGUCUCUCUGCUAGUCAACUCAGCACAUGCUUGCUUUGAAGAAGUUCAUUCAACAAAACAAGUGAAACAUCAACCAGAGAAAUCAUCCAAACAUGAUUCCGGUGCUUCAGAUGACGAUGGUGAUUGCACUGACGACACAUACGACUGCACAAGCUCUAAUGAAGAAUCAGAUUCAUCUGCUGAUACAUCCAGUCUUGACUCGUAUAUUCUUGGUGAAUAUAUGACCAAGUUAUUAUCUGGUGAGAACUUCUACCCAGCCCCUAUUUGCAUAAUACCUGCUUCACAAUUGCCAUCACUGGAAACAUCAGCAAGAUCCAGCAGGGCUCAUAAACAUCAAGUAUCUGAUCAAAGUCAAGCUGAAAAACCAAUCCCGUUUUUCCCUUUGAUUUCAACCCAAUCUGGUAUUCUUGACUUUUGCGGAAAGUUAUUCCGAACUCUAGUUGUUCGUUUUCUCUCCUCCCAAAAUUCCAGUGUUUCCAGCUACUUUUUCUCCAGCCUUACUUCGGACGUUUUAAUGAAAUUGAUAUCUAUGGUACAGAUGAUUGACGGGGCCUCAAAUGCUGCAAAAUCUGAAGGCAUUGAGCUUAUGGGUCUCUUGAGUAAAAUCGUUGCAAAAAGUUCAGCAAAAAACGCAAGUGAUGAACUAUUGAAGAUAAUAUUGGAAAAGCCGAAAAAUAGCUGGCUGUUACUUGGACCUUAUGAGAUGUCUAUACUUGCUCAGAUUUUAAUACAAAGACAGCAAGAAGCAAGUAAGUCAUCCAGCAAUGAUGAAGCUGUGUUGAACUUCACCAAUCUAUUAGUGGAUGUUUAUUCUGGUUUGCAAGAUGAUGUUGGCUCCAAUGUAAAAGUUGAAGUCUUUCAACUUGUUGUUUUCCUCUUCCAUACAUUGACUGCAGAUGCAAAGAAAGCUUUCUUUAAAAAAGUUACAAAUGCCAUCGUGCUGCUUGAUGAAAAAAACAAAAUCCCGAUCUCUACGAUCCGGUUAACCAUUCUCCUGGAUCACCUGAUCUUCCAUUAUUCCUCUCCUCCAGAAGAACUCAUGAAACAGGUCCAUUGGAACUUCUUCCUAAUCCACGGCGUCCUUUCAUCAACGGAGGUUACUCAAAACCUGACAACAAGAAAAAAAUACGAUUCUGUGAAAAAGUUUUCCGCUGGCUUGGCUGACAAGAGUUGUGACAAUUCGCUGCCGCCCAGCGGACCUUUCAGCACACAAGAGACUGGGGAUGGUGGGAAAAGUAAGAACUCCUCAAAGGAAUCAUCUUUCUACUUUGAACUAAGUGCUGGGGCCAGGGAGCCUUUUGCUAAAGAAAAAAGAUCACCGGAUAAAAUGGCAAUGGAAAUACUUUGCGAAGAUCCUGAAGAAUAUGCACGAGUAUAUGAUGCAUUACUUGGUUGCAUGGAAGCAGGUAGUUUAUACCAGCAUACAAAGCCAAUGGUGGGGAAAAACAAGAAAACAAGAUCUGUUAAUCAAGAUGAUGAAUCUUUACCUGCUACUGAAAUUAUCCAUUACGCAUUCUGCAUGACCUACAGACUGGUGAAGAAUCUACCUUUAACUGACCAGUUUAAAGCAAGGAUUGAAGAAAACAAAGUUUCGUCCUGUGCUGAGGUCUUGAUUACAUUUGAAAAUGCUCAGAAACAACAAGAGAAAACACCUACUGCUGUACAUCAGUUACUUAACCUAACUCAAUGUUAUAUUGAUCAACACUUCAAUGUAUAUGAUGCAAACAACCAUCCUACUAUACUAGAGAUGAUGGUUUUGGAAUGUGUUCUCACACAAAUAAAAACCUGGAUACCUGAAGAAUCAGACAUGGAAAAGUAUGAGAAAGAUGCCACAGGCCUAUUGACUGCAUUGCUUAGUUCUCUCACUAAGCAUGCUGCAUUGAGCAGGUCCAAAUUUCUUGAGCUUUCUGCUGGCAACGAUGGCGAGGAAAUGCAUGAAGGGUCAAGUGCUUCAAGUCUGCAUGUGUUAAUGCGUUAUGCUAAUACUGAAACCUCGGAAAAUACUGCAGCUGGAAUAAAAAUACUGAUCCCCGCAUCUCUCAGUGCUAUUUACGAUCAGUGGAGAAAUUUUAAACUGGAAACUAAAGAUAAAAAGACUAACACAGUGAACCAGACUCUUGAAAACCACUUUCUGUCAAUCAAGAAAGAUGGAAAGAAAGAUCAAAACAAACUUUUCCUCAUGACAUUGUUUGAUGUUCAGGAGCCCAUGCUUGCUUUGUGUCAAAAACUGAUCAAGAUAAAGAAAGGUAGAAGCAAACAAGAAGUUACUGAAAUAUACGGGGUUUUGGUCCCAUUGCGUUCUGAUAUCUCAUUCAGUCAUUGUGAAGAUCAGAUUGAGAGAAUCUUACAAGGAAUAACUGAAAGUGUAUAUGGAUACCAACUCAUGGAUACUUUACAUUAUUAUACACUCAAGGGUGCUUAUGAAAUGUUGGUGAGCCAUAUCAAUCCAAAGACUGGCAUUUCAAAUGAAAACGUUGCUCUGUCUUAUCUGCUUUUAUUGGAAAAGUUACUCGACUUUGAUAGUAUGCAGAGAGCUAUGAACAAGUUCUUUGUUCCUGAAAAUAAUGAAGAAAGUUCAAGUGAAAAUACUGACGACAAAAUUGCAUUCAAAGGUUGCGUCCCCCCUGUCAAAGGUGAUAUAGUGAAACUACUACAAAGCAACCAGAUGCUUUCUACUUCCGAUUAUUCAAACAGAUUGCUUCAGUUUAUUGCAAGGUUAUGUCGGUUAGCCAAUGGUCCUGAUGCUGAAGCAUGUGCAAGGCUUGGACCAGUGUGUGCACAGCUAUGUAACUUUAACCUUGGCUUGCAUGAAAUGCGAAGAUGGGUCGGCCAUUUUGAACUUGACAUGGUUUCUUUGAAUGGAGAGAAUCUGAGGGAGGAAAUAUCAAAUGCAUUACUCACACUCUCAAAGUUUAUCGUCAGCAAAAACAGCCCUGUAGACGAACAACUUGGCUUGCCUCUGUUAAAUGCAAUCCUUCCCGCUGACAUCAGUCCUGAGGUUGCCAUGGAAACACUCCAGAUAAUUUCACCAACCUUUAUGCAGAUACUUGCUACCCUAGCUAACUCUAGAAAUGGAAGCGGACAUUCCAAACUGCUCGCUUAUGCCCUCUGGUGGCUCGACGCUUGUGUCGUGAUACUAAAAAAGGAAGAGAACACAAAAUUACUGUACGCUGAUGCCGAGAACCCAGUUGUACGAUCACUCUCUACAUGCAGUCCAUUACUUCUAUAUGUGGCUGACCUGCUUACUGCACUCAGGAGGAAAGAUAAAGACCAAAUAGAGUUGAACACUGACGACCUCUCAGAUGAUGAGGGAGGAGAGGAUUUUGAGGAUUGUGAUUUUGAGGAGGAUGAGACCAACAUCUCUAAUGAAGAGGAACCAUCCAACCAAGAAGAAGAUGGAUUGUGGAAUAAGUUGUGCACGUACACAGUUACACAGAAGAAGUUUAUGAACCAACAUUGGUACCACUGCCACACAUGUGACAUGGUGGAUGGGGUUGGUGUAUGCACUAUCUGUGCCAAAGUAUGUCACAAGGGUCACGACCUCUCAUAUGCAAAGUUUGGAUCUUUUUUCUGUGAUUGUGGAGCAAAGGAAAACAAGUCCUGCAAGGCUUUGGUUAAAAGAGUCCCAGGAAGCGACAAAGUGGCGUCAGGGAUCUCGGCGUUCUCCGACCCAUCUCGCCCCGCAUCAGCGUGUACAUCGUCCUCAACUCUUGUACCCCCCAGUUCAUCUACAUCCGCAACAUCUAAUGCACAGGACAAGAAAACAACAGCAAAAGUGGAAGAACAACCAACUGCUGUAGUUGCUGCUAAACGCUUGCAAAAUAUCAUCACCAAACAAACUAAUCGAGAAAAACGCAAAUUGUCUUUUGACUGCCCUCUUGUGGUGGAUGGAUCCCGGAAGAAGUUGUUGGGAUUGCUCCGGAUCGACGGGGAGGUUGAUGAGAGCGUGGAGGAGCAACCGAGGAUCAACGGGAUCAUGAACACUUUGUUACAAGUCCUGGAUGCGAUGAGUGAAGUCGUUCAAACUGACCAGUAUAAACUUAACUCUGGUAACAGUGCUGUACGUGCCCUCAAAGUACUACAAGAUCUGCACACCAUGGAUAAGCCUUCUCUUAAUGUUGAUAACCUGAUGGUCCCUACACUUGGUUCGCAAGAAGGAGCGUUUGAAAAUGUGAAAGCAAACUUUACUGGAGACCAAGGUCAAACAAUUCGUCAGUUGAUCAGCGCUCAUCUAGUAAGAAGAGUGGCAAUGUGUUGUCUGUCUGCAUCAACAGGUCGGCGACAGCACUUAGCUGUAAGCCAUGAGAAGGGAAAAGUGACUUUACUUCAACUCUCUGCGUUGUUAAAACAAGCUGAUGCAAGCAAACGUAAACUUACCUUGACAAGAUUAUCCACAACUGCAAUGCCAUUUGCGGUGGUUACAUUAACAGCCAACCCAUGCAAUGAAGAAGUUCUUGCUGUAUGUGGUUUGAAAGAUUGCCACAUUCUCACAUUCGCUUCACAAGCUGCAUCAUCCGCACCUGCGGGUUCCGUCACCCAACACCUUGUUCUUCACCCACAACUUGCUACAAACAACUAUAUAAUUCGAGCUGUAUGGCUACCAGCAUUUCCAGCUUUACUGGCGCUUGUUACAUCUGACUUUAUUAAGAUAUAUGAUCUUUCAAAGGAUAUACUUUCUCCAUUAUAUUACCUCCUGCUACCAACUGGUAAAAUACGGGAUGCUACAUUCAUUGGUGGUAAGAAAGGUAUACUGGAUACUUGUAUAUUAGUGAUGUCAUCAACUGGCCACAUCUACACACAACUCCUAUACCCUGAGUCACUUGCCGUGCAUGGAACAUUCUACCUGACCAAUGUUUUAAAUGUUGAACACAUCAACUUAAAAGAGAGUGCUGGACAGUUAGCCGGAGGUGGCGUAUCCAUAUUUUACUCUCAUAUGCUCAAACUUCUAUUCUUCAGCUUUGCAACAGGUCGUAACUUUGCAGUGGCGCUCACUGCUAGCCACGAUGCUGUGACAAAAAUAUUCUCAAUUGAGUACAAGCCUUCAGGAAACAACAACAGUCGUAAUGGCACAAGCACCAUAUACGAAUGGUCUGAAGUGAUCAACCAUCCUGGCUUGCUAACUUGCUUCUCACAAAUAGGUGGUUGUCCCAUGGUUCUUAUGGUGGAACCUGACAAGAUAAUGAUGCAAGAAAUCAAGAUGACAUCAAGUAAAGCAAAGUUCCAAGACCUUGUGGCAGUCAGACAUGGCUCGUCCGCUGUAGCCGACCCUGGGGAUAGAACCACUGUUAUAGUUCUAUGUGAAGAUGGAUCAUUACGUAUCUACCUUGCUUCGGCUGAUAACACAGGAUUCUGGUUGCAUCCCAGGCUUCAACCAACUUACAUAUUAGGAAAUGGAAACAGAAAACACUCAGAAAAGUCCAAGAAAUCUGUAUCCACUGCCCAAGACACAGAGGAAAUAAAUUUCCCCGUUGAUUUCUUUGAAUCUUGCCAACUAUUUAAUCAAAUGGACGUUGAGUUUAGUGGUGACUUGCUGGAGGUGUACAACGCAGCUCAGAUUAAAAACCGUCUCAAUAGUACAGGAAUGUACGUAGCAGCUCACGGCCUCUUUAGUAUUGAGAUCAUCAAUAAAAACUCCAACAUGGUUAUAACUGGACUUCGUGUGUUGGUUGGCAAUCGCGGAGGCCUCACUGCCCCAACGUGCGUUUAUAUAAACGACCGAUAUGUUUCAUUUGGUGCAUUGCUGUCAAGAUCUCGCUGGUUUGACCUGCCACUUACUAGAGCUGAGUCAAUACAACAUGCUGCAAAGAUUGUACUGACAUGCAGUUCCUCUGAAGACCCUGAUGAUACAACCAUUGUGGACAGUAUAAAAGUCUACGGGAAAACAAAAGAAGUGUUUGGAUGGCCAAUUCAAGAACCACCAUCAGGCACCGCCACGAACACCGGAGCUUCGACCAUAAAACCUGGUGGGAAUAAAAAUAAAUCAACAAACGAGAAUAUUGACACUGAUUCCGAGGUGUCUGGGGAAUCAAGUGAAACUACUGUGGCUGCAGAUCAAAGUACAAGUAUGGCUGAUGAUAUUCUAUCAUGCUGCUUGACUGCUUUACAAUCUUCAUUCCAAGACUUUUACAAGGUUCUAGUAACACAGUCAACACAUUACAAAGCUGCAAUGUUGACUUCUUGCUUGCUUACUCAACCAUUACCACUUAAGGUUCAAAACGAUGUCAAACAAAUUAUGGUGAAAUUGUUUUCAUCCAAAUCUGAAUGCUACAAGUACCAGGAUGGUUUGUUACUCACAUACACGUCAAAAACUCUCGCAAACGAGCUUUCUCUUGCUGAAUAUGAGAAGGCUGUUCCUGCCCCAUGUCCUCUUGUAGAUGAGGAUGGCUUCCAACGUAUUUUGUGUCACCUGUCGCAAAUAGCAAGACGAAGGCCACUGAAUAUUACAAAUCUCGGUAAAAAUAUCGAGAAAUCAGAUGUUCAGAUCAUUGACCUCGAAGCUAGCUCACCUGAGGAAGAUGCAUCAGUUAAACAAGACAAGCCUGCUGACAAUGGUGAACUGCAUGGACAACUUCUUUCUAAAAUGAUGUCGGCAUUUUGGAGAUUGCUGUCAAACAAACCACGUAGCAAGCUACUUACACCGCAGUGCUUGCCUGGUCUUACAAGGAUUGAAGUGACAGUCAAAGUUAUGGUGGAUGUUAUUCACGCAGUGUCAGCGUCAGUUCCCAACACAAUAGACACAGUGGUUGGCAUCUACUUUGACCUGUUAUCAUGCGAGAAUCCACGAGUAAGUUACGCUGCUAAAUCUGCUCUUGUGCGCCUCCUAAGGGUAGAAGGGAGUGCGGAGCAAGGGGAGAUGGGAAAGAUGAGAAGGUCGAGUAAAUCUUCAGAUACUCCUCCAAGCACAAGAUCCACUUCACCACCAUCCGUGGAAUCCUCGGCUCCAACUCCAUUGGUGAUGCAGGAGACACAGACGAUCCAGGACCGUCCUGGCUCCCACAUCAGUAGCCGAGGAACAGCCCAAGGAACUCUGGAUGACGAAGAUGAUGAUGACGACGACGACGAUGAUGACGAAGAUGAUGAUGACGAUGACGACGAUGAUGAUGACGAUUUUGAAGAUAUUGCAAAUGAAGCAUACACCACAGAUGAUGUAGCCAUGGUGAUAGAGGAACAUCUCAUGAGGAGACACGAGGAUGAACCAGAUAGUUUGGAGCUUGAACAUCCAGCUGGUAUACAAAGUCAAGUCCAAUAUUUUCAACAAAUCCAAGAGAUGAUGUCAAACUCUGGUGAAGAUCAACCUUCUAAUGAAGAAAGAUUCAUCCCAAGGAGUGACAACCAACCUCCAGCUGCACGGGAGGACCCAAGAGACCAAGAUCAGGAUGAACGAUCUCACUUUGAUAUGAUGCACGUUAUUGCUCAAGAUGGAGAGAACCAGGAAGGUCUCAUAGAUUUCUCGAUGGAAAGACAGGAGCGACAGGAUUUUGAGAAUAUGUUGAUGGGGAUGGAGUUUCCUCCUCUCCUCUUGCUCCCGGAUGCAGAUGAUGAGAGGAUGGUGGAAUACGCGAUUGCUCUCAGUCUUCAACAGCAAGAGCAAGGGGCAGAAGCAGCAGAACAGAAUCAAAGUGAUUCCCUCCCAACUGAUAAUCAGGGCAACGAUAAUAAUGAAAACAACACCAGUUUGUCGGAGAGUGAAACUACAUUUGUUAUAAAAGAAGAAGAAAAAGUGGAUGAAAACGUGACCAGUGUUCACGCUUCAACGAGCAAGGAGGAAACUCGGCAGCGAAACAACGGAAUUGGUGAAAAACGAUUGAUGGAAUUACGAUUAAACAUUUUGUCCAAGUUAUUCUCAAGACUCAGUGAGAUAGAGAAACUUGGAGGGGAAAAUAGCAUUCCAUUCUUUCAGGUGGUGGCCACUCUUAUAUCAACAUUAGAUUUCACUGAACAAUCACAUAGUGAUUUACACCGACAUAUAGUGGUUACCAUCAUCAGUCAUCUUAAAGAAGGUUGCCAAACCAGCGGAUCAGUGAGCAUGGCACAACGUACUCCUACACAUGAGGUUUAUGUGAUUAUGAUGCGGUUAUUGAGCGUGAUGAUGUCAAAAUCUGUUCUCGUUCCCAAGAAAGAUGAUAAGUUAGAACCAACAUAUGAGCAGAGUGGAAAUGUUUAUUCACAAACUGCAUCUAUACUUGCGGAAGAGAAAAUUAUUGACCUUUGCUACAAUUUGCUUAACACUUUGUAUCACGAGCAUUGGGAGUUCCAAGAAGUUGAUCAGAAACACACGGACACUUCAAACCCAACUAGCGUCUUACGUACAACAACACGACAUGUAGCUGCAGAUAUGUCUCCCUUCUUCCUACACCAGUAUGUACAGAGCCAUAUGGGAGCCAUAUUUGAGCUCUACCUCCGCCUAGUGACUGAGAUGUCCUUCAAUCUCGCUUACCAAGUCCGGAAGUUUUCGACAGUUUCGGACACGGAUGUUACGUCUUUGUUUGGAACUCAAUGGAAGCAGUUGUUAUCUGACUACAUGAUGUUCGCAUACGUUCCUUCGCUGUGUAGAAAAAGGGCAAGAAAGUUGUUGCUCUACAUUACUGGAUCAAAGGAAAACUACCGAGAACAGCGUGACUUGCAUGCUCUUGAUGCUUUCGUUGGUGCGUGCCAAGACUGCUGUAAAUUCAAUCCAUUGGAGAAGACUCACUCAACUGCUGGUCUAAAUCUCGCGUAUGAUGAUCUAAUUAUUCUGGUUGAAACUAUCAAGAAGUGUCUUGCCAUCGCUGAAAGUAGGACCAAGAAUUGGCAGAAGUAUUGCCUUGUGAAGAAGUCUUGUAUUCCCUUGUUAUUAAAUAUGAGCAUUAGAGUGGAUGAGAAUGUGGCGUCUGUUGUAUUGAAGUUACUACAAUGUGCUAUCACACCUAAUCAAGGCUCUGAGAAGAAAAAGGUUGUUAAAGUCUCUUUGAAAACAUCGGCGAAAGAUUCGAAAACUGACGUCCACUCUUCGAGCCAAGCGGGAGAUCUGAUUAUGAGUCAGCAACUUUCAGAUAUCAUAAUGGAAAGUAUAGAUGACACAGCACUUCUGAGAUUCUUGACGCAUUUUUUGCUUGAUAUGAAUUCCACGAGCUUCAGAUGGUGUGGCCAUUCAUUGGUCCUUGGUUUGUUCAGAAACACGAACACAUCCUCCCAACAACGAUUGCUUCGAACAUUGUGGCUUAUGUGGCCUCUAGUGCCCUCUUAUGGAAGGAAAGCAGCGCAGUUCGUCGAUCUUCUCGGCUACUUAUCCAUGAACAGUGGAUUAUCAGAGACCGAAGCAAGUCAAUACACAAGUGCUACACUUAAACUACUGCAACAAGAAAACCAACUUUUAUCAAAUCACCGAAACUCUAUCCUUUACAACCAAUUAUCAAAUUAUGUUCAGUUUGAUGGCUUUUACCUGGAGAAUGACCCAUGUUUGGUUUGUAACCAGCCCGAGAUCCCAUACACCAACAUUAAGCUUGCUAGUCUUAAAGCUGAUACUAAAUACACAACAACGCAACAAAUCAUUAAGCUUGUGGGGAGUUAUAACAUACAACGGGUCACUUUUAAAGUGACCGACAUCAAACGGACAAAAAUGAUUCGAACAGCCGUCAUGUAUUACAACAAUAAGAAAGUUCCAGCAAUCGUGGAUUUGAAGAACAAACCAUCGAUGUGGCAUCGUGCUAAGUCGGUCACUGUACCUCAGGGCGAAACUGAAAUCCGAUUCGACCUUCCCCUCCCAAUAGUAGCAACCAACCUAAUGUUGGAGUUUACUGAUUUUUAUGAGAAUGUUUCGGCUUCUGUUGAAACAUUACAAUGUCCAAGAUGCAGUGCUUCAGUGCAGGCCAACCCUGGUAUUUGUGGCAACUGUGGAGAGAAUGUAUUCCAAUGCCACAAGUGCAGAAGCAUCAAUUAUGAUGAGAAGGACCCGUACCUCUGCAAUGUUUGUGGGUUCUCUAAAUACGCCAAGUUUGAUAUAACGGUCACUGCUCGUCCAUGUUGUGCUGUUGAUACAAUUGAAAAUGAUGAAGAUCGUAAAAAGAUGGUUGCCAAUGUUGUUACAUUGCUUGAAAAAGCUGACGCUGUUUAUAGCCAGCUUAAUUCACAUAAACCAGGACUGGAGGAACUACUGUUACAAAUUUCCAAAGUUUCCUCUGAUUCCUCGUCAUCCCAGGAUCAGUUCCCCGCAUCCACAAAGAAGGACACAAGAAGCUCCCAUCCUUUAUCAUUGUCCUCCGGGACUCCAACAGGAGCAUCUUCUUCACUUAAUGCUCCAGUGAGCAACAGCAUACAACAACUUGCAAAGAAAUAUUGCGUGGGCUGCAAGACUUUAUUUGAGGAAUUGUCAGUGAUAAUGCGGACUGUACUCGCAUCAAGAAGCGAGAUAUUACAAUAUGAUCUUCGCCAACAAUCGGCUGUUACUGGUUCAGAUGUAGAUGCAAAACAAAGGCGAGCACCUACUUCCUCUUCUUAUGAGAGCGCUCCUGAUUGUUACGGAUGUGCAUCGUCGAGCGCCCAACAAUGUAUCACGUUGCUCCGAGCACUUGGAAGAAACGUUCAUGCCAAACCACUGCUCGUAGCUAACGGGAUUGUCCAGGAACUUGUGGCUUUUAACUUGAGAAGAGGAUCAGCUAAACUGAGGAAACAGGUUCACAGCUUACUGGGUGAACUCGUGCAUAAUAAUGAAGUGGCAACACUGCAAUUGAACGAUCUAUUAUUAUCUCGCAUCACUGGAGCCAUCAACCACCAUGGAGAUGACCUACCAACCUCAGCUGUGGCUUGUGAGAUGCAAUUGUUGAUGGCGAUGCUUAAUGUGAGGGAUAACUUGUGGCAACUGCGACUCAGAGCUGCAAUGCAGUUGUUCCAAAGAGUUGUGAAGUUAAAAUCACCAGCAGUGGUGGAGAAUGUGACUUUGCCUUGUAUGAACAUGCUCAAGAAACUGGUAUCACCUAAUGUGAAGACAGAAGCUCCAACCAGCAAUGUAUCGGUAGAAGCAAAGAAAUGGUUGAGUUCUGAUCCAAACCACCAGUUUGACGCUUGGAGUAAAAGAAGUAGACACGUAGUAGCUCCAGUUGAAACAUCUGCUGAAUCUAACAAAGCGAUGGUUCGUGAAAAGUAUCUCCAAGAGAAGUAUGUGGCUAAGUGGAGAAACGCCAUUCUGCGCAAGAAAAAACAGGAAUCGAGCAAAGUAUCGUUAUCUCGUCAAUCCUUCCUCCGUUCCCUCGUGUUCUGUCCAUCAUCGAGGUCGGUAAGACAAGCAGCUUGCGCCGUGCUGACAAGCCUUGCUAGAAACACAAGCAGAAAACCACAAGUUCUUGAUUUACUAACAAGUUACUUAAAUGAGUUGGGCACGGCUGGCGAAGCAGCUUUCGAGUUCUUGUCUUUAUAUCAAGAGCAAAUAAGACCAAAGCAAUGGAGGGUGUACCUUGCAGCACGAGGUGUACUACCAUUACUUGGUUCACUAAUACAAAAGGAAAUAUCUAAACUGUCGGCACUUGAAGAUACAACACUGAACCUACAUCUACAACAAGGGUAUGCUCUUAAAGAGCUUACAGAGUUACUAUCCGAGAUGGUCCAAGUAUCAUAUGUUCGUCAACAUUACAAGAGUAACUUAGUUGGCACGGUGUUGAACAGUUAUCUAAGCUUGCGUAGGUUGGUGAUCCAACGUACCAAUCUUGUGGAUGAUGCUCAGGAUAUUUUGCUUGAACUUUUGGAGGAUUUAACAACAGGCACUGAGAGCGAGACUCGUGCUUUUAUGAUGGUUUGCAUCGAAGCAAUCAAGAAGCAAGACACAAGCGAUCUUAAAACCCCUCAAUUCAUCUUCGAAAGACUUGCGAAUAUUAUUUACCCGGAGGAGAAUGACACAAGUGAGUUCUUCCUCUCACUAGAUAAAGAUCCGUUACAAGAAGAUUUCCUACAAGGGAGGAUGGUUGGGAAUCCUUACUCAAGCAAUGAACCAGGGCUUGGUCCUCUGAUGAGGGAUGUAAAGAAUAAAAUAUGUAGAGAUUGUGACCUGAUAGCACUACUAGAGGAUGACAGUGGCAUGGAGCUGCUGAUAAACAACAAGAUUAUUGCAUUGGAUCUACCAGUACGUGAUGUUUAUAAGAAGAUAUGGCUGCCCAACCACAAUGAGGCUGACCCCAUGCACGUAAUCUACCGGAUGCGUGGUUUGCUUGGUGAAGCAACGGAAGAUAUGGUGGAAAGACUGGAUUCCGAUAAAACUGAUCAAAACGAGGAGGAAGUUUAUAAACUUGCAAACGUGCUAAGUCAGUGUGGGGGGAUUGAGGUCAUGCUGUCUCGACUUGAAUCUGUCCACAGUUUAAUCCAUGGCAGGCAGUUGGUUGAUGUGAUUUUAAAGCUAAUGUCCCAUGCUGUGAAACUGAAGAUAAACAGACAAUAUCUUGCCCAACCAAAGCUUAACACACUCAAUACUUUACUUGGGACUCUUAACUUGGGAUUACAAGCACGUGAGGAUGGAGUAUCGAUGGUUGAACAACUCCUCCACAUCAUGGAAAGCAUCCUUAAGGAGGCUGCGUCCGAUAAAACUAAGAGUGACAUCAUCAGCCAUGACCUCACUACUGAGGAAUUUACGGGAGAUAAUGAGAAGUUAACAUUGCUGCUCCAACAGAUCGACAGCGAGUUCGUCCAAACACAUUCCAUUAUCUUCCAAGGAAUCUUACGCAUCAUACCCGUCCUAUCGUUUGGUGAUUCAGAUCGAAUGCAAAUGUUAAUCGACCAUUUCAAGCUUUAUCUUCACUUUGAAAAAUAUGAUGAGAGCCACACUGAUGAUGAUACUUUGUAUUUAAACUGCUUCUGUGAGAUAGUAGCUGGUAUACAGUUCAAUGCAAAUGGAAAUCAAUUGAAAGAUCUCAUUGUGAAGAAUGGAAUUGUACAAGAAGCACUCGCAUAUCUUAACACACAUAUACCAGAGCAUAAGAAUUUUGAUGCUGAAGAUUGGAAGACCUUUACUUCAAGACCUGGCCUUCCAUAUUGCUUGCGCAUGCUUACGGGGUUGUGUACAAAACAUCUGUUAACGCAGGAAAUGGUUGGAGAAACUGCCAUCCCUGGGUUGCAUAGACUUGAACAGGUGGCAACUGAAGGAGGGAUUGGUUCUUUAUCCGAAAAUGUUCUGGAAGCUUUACAAGAACACGCUGAGGUGGCUAAGCAAGUUAAACAGGUACGUCGUCAAACCAGAGAAGAGAAAAAGAAAAAGGCAAUGGCAGUUCGUCAAAAACAACUUGGUGCUCUUGGUAUGCACACCAAUGAAAAGGGACAAGUGAUCUCGAAAUCCUCCAUCCUCCAGCAGAUCACGGAACUUGUUGAGGAAUCUGGCCUCACAUGCAUUAUAUGCAGGGAAGGAUAUAAGUUUGAACCUAAAAAGGUUCUUGGUAUAUACACAUACACACGAAGGUGUCCUCUUGAAGAAUUUGAAAAUAAAUCUCGCAAACAGCAAGGAUAUUCAACUGUGUCUCAUUUCAACGUGGUUCAUUAUGAUUGUCAUACUGCUGCUGUACGCAUGGCAAGGGGAAGGGAGGAAUGGGAUUCAGCUUUGCUGCAGAAUGCCAGCACUAAAUGUAAUGGAUUGCUCCCCAUGUGGGGAGUGCAUGUCCCGGAGUCUGCUUUUGCAUCUUGUCUUGCGAGACACAACACUUACAUACAAGAAGCCACCAACCAGCGUGAACCCAACUUCCACAACACAGUACAUGACCUGAAACUUCUUCUUCUGAGAUUCGCCCAUGAAAGAUCAUUUAGUGAGGAAACUGGGGGUGGAGGGAAACAAUCUAAUGUUCAUCUGAUACCUUAUCUUAUCCAUGCUGGGCUCUAUGUUAUAAACACGACUCGCAUCCAGUUCCGGGAAGAGCUCUUGAUCUCCGAGUUUUUGCUCCAACCUCCAGAUAAGUGGGUCGAAUCUUCCUAUGAAGUUGAGGGUCCUCUCUUUCACGCUGCUAUCGUCCCGUUUGUACGAGGGGCAAAGAAAUGGAAAGAAGACAGGGUGAGGUUCCUACGUAGGUUGUUGGUCCUUGCACAGACUCGACACACCUCAACCUCACAAACCAACAAACUCACAGAUCGUGAGGUGAAGGAAUACAACGUGUAUAAACCAUACUUGUUGUUCUGGUCGUUGGUGGAACUCAUUGUGACUGUUCAAUUCAAGAAUGUACCUGAUGAAGGAGGUAGUCCGUCACUUGCUGAAUAUAUCCGGCAUAAUGAUUCACAACUCUUGGAAACUGGUGAGAAAAUGCUGCAGAAAUUCCAGAGCGAGUACCUUGUUUGUGAAUCUCUUGAUGAGUUUAUUGAUGUAACGGGACUCCAUGAAGAUAUCGAAGGGGACGUCACUUCUUUCAUCAAACAAAUCUUUGACUCAGUCCCAUAAAAUAUAUCCUUGAUUUGCAUAUACCCAGUUAAACAGAGUGUUGCAUAUUAUUUAACUUGCUUUACUAUACAUGCUUGCUUGCUGGUGAUUAAGUAAAUGAUAAAAUGUGUUUCGGUCGAAUUUCCAAUAAUUGGUCCAACUUAAAAAAUGCCUGUUCAACAAAAAGGGUUAUAAGUUGCUUGGUGUUUAAAUCUAAACGAAAAAUUGGCUUGUACAGUUUGCUUGAUGUUUGGUUUGUGUUGAAAAAUUGAAAAUUAAGAAUAAACUAUGUCGUGAUGCAAAA